CAAGGCGGUAGCGGCGGCGGCAGCAGCGGUGGCGACAUGAGCAGCGGGGCGGCGUCCGGGACAGGGCGGGGGCGGCCCCGGGGCGGGGGGCCGGGGCCCGGGGACCCCCCACCCAGCGAGACACACAAGCUGGUGGUCGUGGGCGGCGGCGGCGUGGGCAAGAGCGCGCUGACCAUCCAGUUCAUCCAGUCCUACUUUGUGUCUGACUAUGACCCAACCAUCGAAGACUCUUAUACGAAGAUCUGCGCUGUGGAUGGUGUUCCAGCCCGGCUGGACAUCCUGGACACAGCAGGCCAGGAGGAGUUCGGUGCCAUGAGGGAGCAAUACAUGCGCGCUGGACACGGCUUCCUGCUGGUGUUUGCCAUUAACGAUCGGCAGAGUUUCAACGAGGUGGGCAAGCUUUUCACACAGAUCCUCCGUGUCAAGGACCGAGACGAUUUCCCCAUCGUGUUGGUUGGGAACAAGGCAGAUCUGGAGACACAGCGCCAGGUCCCCCGAUCUGAAGCCUCUGCCUUUGGUGCCUCCCACCACGUGGCCUACUUCGAGGCCUCGGCCAAGCUGCGCCUCAAUGUGGACGAAGCCUUCGAGCAGCUGGUGCGGGCUGUCCGGAAGUACCAGGAACAAGAGCUCCCCCCCAGCCCACCCAGUGCCCCCAGGAAGAAAGAUGGAGGCUGUCCCUGCGUCCUUCUGUAGCCCCAGGGGUGUGAGAGGAGCGACCAGCACUCGGGACCAGCUGCCUUCACCGAGCCUGUUUCCCCAUCUGGGUUUCCCAGGAUACACUACACCCUCACCCGGAAUUCCUGGCCUCCUCCGGGACAUCGCCACUGUGUGCCUUCUGCCAAUGCCUCCCUUCCCCACCCAAGCCCCUUGUUGGGGUGAGGGGCUCCCGGGCAUCCGGGUCACUGCUGUAUAUAACUCCCCUCUCCACCCCCAGGGAAAUAAACUUCACUGCCAAUGU